CAUCAAAAGUUUUUCUGUUGGAGAGUGAGGGAGGAAAAAAAAAAAAGAAAUGGAGCUGGAAAGAGUGCAACAAAUUGCUUCGCUAUCCAAAUGCAUGGAUACUAUUCCAACAGAUUACAUCAGAUCAGAAAAUGAGCAACCUGCAGUAACAACCUUCCAUGGGGUGGUUCUUGAGGUUCCGGUGAUUGAUCUGAGCGAUCCUGAUGAAGGCAAAAUUGUGGGGUUGAUUUCUGAGGCUAGCAGAGAAUGGGGGAUCUUCCAAGUUGUCAACCAUGGCAUCCCAGAUGAGGUUGUGAGGAAACUGCAGCAAGUUGGGAAGGAAUUCUUUGAGCUUCCACUAGAGGAAAAAGAACUGGUUGCUAAGAUUCCAGGGUCUCAGAAUAUUGAGGGUUACGGAACAAGGUUGCAGAAAGAAGUUGAGGGCAAGAAAGGAUGGGUUGAUCACUUGUUCCAUAUAAUAUGGCCUCCUUCUGCCAUUAACUAUAGGUUUUGGCCUAAAAAUCCACCCUCUUACAGAGAGACAAGUGAAGAUUAUGCUAAGAGGCUUAGAGGAGUGGCUGACAAGAUGUUUGAGUACCUGUCAAAGGGGCUUGGGUUAGAACCAAGUGAGAUGAAGGAUGGUAUGGGGGGGGAAGACCUCAUUUACAUGAUGAAAAUAAAUUACUAUCCACCAUGCCCUCGCCCUGAUUUGGCCCUUGGUGUAGUGGCACAUACAGAUAUGUCAGGCCUCACCAUUCUUGUCCCCAAUGAGGUCCCAGGGCUUCAAGUGUUUAAGGAUGAUUAUUGGUAUGAUGUCAAGUACAUCCCAAAUGCCCUUAUUGUCCACAUUGGUGACCAAAUUCAGAUUUUAAGCAAUGGAAAGUACAAGAGCGUGUUCCACAGAACAACCGUGAACAAGGAGAUGACAAGAAUGUCAUGGCCAGUGUUCCUGGAGCCACCCCCAGAGCAAGAAAUUGGGCCAAUUCCAAAGCUUGUGAAUGAGGAAAAUCCGCCAAAAUUUAAGACCAAGAAGUUCAAAGAUUAUGCCUAUUGCAAGCUUAAUAAGCUUCCUCAGUAAAGCAAAUAGGCAAGUAGAAUGAGCUUGGAUUAUGGAUAUUGUCUUUAGUUUUUUUUUUUUUUUUUGAGCUGGAUGUUGUCAGAUUAAUAAUAAGCAGUUUUAACUUCUAUGCAAUCUUUUAGUAAUUGUUUGAU